GUCUGAACUCCAGUUCACUUUCACAGCUUCUGAAGAGGUGCACGAAGAUAAGACAUAGACAGUGCUGACAGCUAUCCCUCACAUUACCACUAGAUGGCGUACUCCACACAAACACUUGCUGAAGGCUGCUUUGGGAAAAUAUAUAAGGAGAAAUAUAAUGAUACAUGGGCUGCUCUGAAGAGAGUUCCUGUAGGUCUCAUCAACAAAGAUGAGCUGGAAAGAGAAUGCAAAGUAUAUGGUAAUGCUCCACACCCUAACGUGGUGAACCUUCUUGGUGACCCUUGGAUCAAAGACGCAAAGUGGAACAUUCCUUUAGAAUUCAUCUUUGGGGAAGAUCUUGAGACGACCAUCUUUAAAUCACAAAGCUCCAAAAUACAGUUGACUCCAGCAGUGAGAGCCACAAUCAUCACUGGGAUGUGUGAAGGUUUGCUUCAUCUGCACAGUAAAGACAUAGUCCACCAAGACCUCAAACCAGACAACAUCAUUGUUGAACAUCAAACCCAUCGUGCUGUGAUCAUUGAUUUGGGACUGGCAAAGUUCUCUAAAAAUGGACUGAGCUCUGCAGCAAACAUGGGCAAUGAAGCGUACUCUGCUCCAGAGAUCCUGCGGACGAGGGGAGUUCGUGACAAGCGUUCAGAUGUUUGGGCUAUGGGUAAAGUCAUUGCUGAACUCUGUGCCCGAAUCAGGUUACCCACCCAAUCCUUGUCUGCCGACAAAAUUCAAGAAACCCUUAAAGAUCAUCCGUACCGUAUUCCAGUGUCCAAGAUGGUGGAGACCAAACCAUCUGACAGAGCUUCUAUGGAUGGAGUCUUUUUAGACAUCAAGAGAGCUGCUUCAGCUUCAAAAAACCUCCUGUGCAUUGAAGCAGUGCUGAAAGAUCAGUCUGAGACAGAGGUGAAUGCAGAAGUUAAUCCUUUCCAGUGGACCAUGGUGCUUCAUGAGAAGUGUGUAAUGACUCACUAUAGCAAAAAUAUCGAGGACAACAUUCAAACAUCUAAAAUCACUGUCAGUGUCAGUAACCCUACACAGAGCUCCAUGAAUGCUCGAGAAAGUCACCCACAGAAUGGUGUGAUCCAUCGCCAAUCCAAAGAUCAAGUGGAAGUUGACUUUCACAGCUGUACAUGUGAAAGUAAACUUGUGAAGAGGUGCUCGAACACCAACGACAACGACAGUGCUGACAGCUAUCGCUCACAUUACCACUCGAUGGCGUACUCCACACAAACACUUGCUGAAGGCUGCUUUGGGAAAGUCUAUAAAGAGAAGUAUGGGGAUAAAUGGGCUGCUUUGAAGAGAGUUCCUGUAGGUCUCAUCAACAGACUAGACCUGGAAAGAGAAUGCAAAGUAUAUGAUAAUGCUCGGCAUCCUAAUGUGGUGAAGCUUCUUGGUGACCCUUGUAUAAAAGACUCGAAGUGGAACAUUCCUUUAGAAUUUAUCUUCGGGGAAGAUCUUGAGACGACCAUCUUUAAAUCACAAAGCUCCAAAAUACAGUUGACUCCAGCAGUGAGAGCCACAAUCAUCACUGGGAUGUGUGAAGGUUUGCUUCAUCUGCACAGUAAAGACAUCGUCCACCAAGACCUCAAACCAGACAACAUAAUGGUUGAGCAUCAAACCUAUCGUGCUGUGAUCAUUGACUUGGGACUGGCAAAGUUCUCUAAAAAUGGACUGAGCUCUGCAGUAAACUUGGGCAAUGAAGCGUACUCUGCUCCAGAGAUCCUGCGGACGAGGGGAGUUCGUGACAAGCGUUCAGAUGUUUGGGCUAUGGGUAAAGUCAUUGCUGAACUCUGUGCCCGAAUCAGGUUACCCACCCAAUCCGUGUCUCCCAGCAAAAUUCAAGAAACCCUUAAAGAUCAUCCGUACCGUAUUCCAGUGUCCAGGAUGGUGGAGACCAAUCCAUCUUCCAGAGCUUCUAUGGCUGGAGUCAUUUCAGACAUCAGGAGAGCUGCUUCAGGUUCAAAAACAGACAUCAAACCAAGAGACGUCACCGUAACACAGGCAAAUGAAAUAAGAGGAAAUCAAAGGUGGGCUUUGCAAGCACCUGUGACAUCAAGGAUGGAGGUCGGGAAACCUUCUGUGGGAAAUUACAGAGCUUCUAUGGACAAACCAAAAGACUUCACUGUAACACAGGCAAAUGAAAUAAGUCAGAGAAGGAGUCCACAACCGCCAACACUUCAGACGGUGAUCAGAAAACCUCCUGUGGUAAAUUAUCGGCAGGAUCCACCACAAAUGAGAGAAAUGGAGAAGGCUGUAGUCUCAUUUAAUCGAGUGGAUUUGAGCAGUCACAUGUCUGGAAUGUCCCUUUCACCAUUCCCUUUCCCCAUUCUAGACAGCGGAAAAUUUAUUCACCAAAGCUACACUGAGGAGGAAGGAUCUGUGCAACAUAAAGAGAUCAUCACAAGUGGAGGGAAGAUCACUAAAUAUGAGAGUUACGAAUAUUCUUUCAAACAUUCUUAAAAAAAUUUUUUCUGUCAAAUCUUAUCAAAUCUGAAGAGGA